UUUUUUUUUUUUUUUUUUUCGUCCACUAGACCCUAACAGACAGGCACUCUAGUUGAUUCUCUUUUCUUUUCAACCUCUUUUUUUUUAUAUUUAUUAUUCAUAUACAAUGGCAUACUUUUGGCUUACCUCCAGCGGCCACGUUGGUCGCGAAGUAGACUGAUCCCACGUCCCCAUACUCGACGAACCCCAGCACAUUUUAAACAACCACUCAGCCAACAAUACCAACAACACCCAGCGACCUCCAUCGCAAAUCGCACUGUCUUCAGCGCCAAUUAUCCAUCAGCAGCAAACCACAGCCAGUCAACUGCCCUAAGAUACCCACCCACUUCACCACUUUACUUUUCUUCGCGCCCUCCCCCUCCCCCUAUUCCGAAUCUCCCCCUCGUGAAAGUCUUUCCUGAACUCUAAACAAAAAAAUUUUCUUUGCAAUCACGUUGACCAAUCGCCAUGUUUGCCGCCCAUACCGCACCAACCGCCUCCUCCGCAACGGCCUCCGCUGCCGGUUCCUGGAUGGAUAACACCCACCUCCUGGCGGACCACCACCACCACCAUCACCAGGACGUGCUCGACUACACCUCCUUCUCGGACGACUCGCACUCACCCGUCCUCUCCCUCCAGUCCUUCUCGUCCCAGCACAGCCCGGACCUCGAUGCCUUUACCCUCCAUGAUUUCGAACCCUCGUCGUCCAUGGUCUCCGCUUCGCCUUCCUUGAUCUUCCCCUCGCAGGAUAGCUCUAACGAGAACCAGCCCUCUGUUUCGGAGACAGCCCGACAGGCAGCACUCCUUCAUGCAUACCUCACAGCCCAGGACCAGGCAUAUCGCGCCCAGGUUCAGAUUCAGCACCAGCUUCAGAUCCAGCAAUUGCAGCAACACCAAGCCCAGGUGUUGGAGAGGACCAAGAAGACCGAUGCUGAGAACCUCGCUCGUUAUCUUGCUCAGAUUCAGGAGGUCAAGGAAGAGAGCUCUUCUGAUGAAUGCGCUCGUCCACAGCAGAACAUGGAGCAGGAUCAUGAUAUUACUGUCGAGGGUGUCCGCUGCCCUUCCUCGCCUUCUUCUACAUCAUCCGUCAUGGCAGAGAGAUCCCCCAGCCCUGAGGCGUCCUCCCCCGCCAAGACCUCAAACAACGCCAAGGCGUCUUCUCGCCAGCUUGUGUGCUUCAAUUGCAAUGUGACCCAGACCCCUCUUUGGAGAAGGACUCCGGACCGCAAGCACUCGCUCUGCAAUGCAUGCGGUCUUUACUACAAGCAGUACGGCGCCCACCGCCCAUUGAACGUUCGCCACAAGUUGCCAAGCGUCUUGGUCGAUCCCCGCUUGAGUGCCAUGCCCUAUAGUCGCCCUUCUAGCGAAACCCGUGCCUCUUCACCCUCGGGACCUGAAUCGUCCGCGUCGUCUGAGAGCGACUCAGAGGAGCCCCGUUUGCUGCCUGAUUUGACCAAGAUGUACGCGGAUGCGCUUCUUCGACCAAGUGUGAAGAAGACGACUCCACCCUUGAUGACGGCCAAGCAAGGGAUCGAGUGUGCAAACUGUUCUCAGACACAGACCCCGCUCUGGCGCAAGAACGAGGCUGGUGAGCCGAUUUGCAAUGCAUGCGGAUUGUACGCGAAGCUGCACAACCGCGCGAGGCCCGUGACGAUGCGCAAGUCCAAGAUUACGCGUCGCCGUCGUGAUUGGGGAGGCAACUUGGCGCAUCAGGCCAAGGCACAGGCACAGGCGUUGGCGCUAUUCCAUGCGCAGGUUCAAGCGCAGGUUGAGGCGCAGGUCAGACGUGGGUCUACAUCGUCUGUGGAGAAAAUGCAACAGGAUACUGUGUCUGUGUCGGCCGAGUCGAUGACGGAGGAGAUGAGUCGUCGGGCGCAGGAGCUGAGUGGUUCUUCGGCUCUUCAGGCCCAGUCGUUGAUGGCUGUGAACUCGAGUGAUAGCGAGGAGGAGCCUCAGCCUCAACAGCAACAGCAGACAAUUGCACAGAGGUUGUCGGGCAAUUUGAUUAUGGACGAGAACAAGUUUUCGGACAUUCUGGGACAUAUGAGCGCGCACCAGAUGAACCGGUUCCUGUCGAUUCUGGAGAGCCGAUGUGGAGUGUUGAGGAACCGGAUUCUUGCGAACACGGAGGGGUCUGCACAGGACUCGAGCCUUGGAAACUUGUUCUAGGAGCUGUCCUUUAUUCUUUUUCAUUAUUUUUCUAUCCUAUCGAUGCAAAUAAAAACAAAAAGCGUUUUACUUGCAUACUUUGCUAUGAGCUACAUGUGUUUUAUACCCGUCUACAGCUAUCAAUUGAAG